AUGUACAGGUUGAGAGAGGUGGGAGAAGGUGAUGUGGGGGAUGGAGGGGGUGCAGCAGAGGCGAGUCUCCCACAUGGCGUGCCAAGCCCUGCCCUGCCAACAACACACGACGCCUCUUCCCAGCAGCAGCGAUACAUUGGGAUGCGGGAGUGGUGCAGAGAGGUGGCAGGGCGGGUGGUGGGUGUGCUGAUGAAGCAGGCGAGGGAGAAGAUUGACGGCACACGCAAGGUGUCAGGGCAGGGGCUGCAGCGGCUGCUGUGGGGAGGGAAGCACGGUGCAGUGUUCGUGGGGAUGCGAGAGACAAGAGAGGAAGCAUGGACAGGAGAGGCAGUUGAGACAUGUGGAGCUGGUGGCAGCACGCUGGGGACAUCAGGUGGAGGCGAGGAGGGGAGGGAUGGAGGAGGUUCUGUGAGGCAAUGCGUGGGCGGCAGGGCGGAAGGGAGCGGUGUGUGCAGGGAUGUGGAUGGGUGGGAGCAGCUGAGGCAACAUGUGCCCUCUGACCCUCACUUUGCAUGGAAGUCCUUCUCAUUCCGACCCACCUCUGGUCCUCCCGCAUUCACCUCCAUCAUUUCCCCUCCCUUCCCCCUCUUCCCUCCACACCCAGAAUCCCGCGGCUGUCUCCCCGCCUACCGCCUGCCACUGCUAUCGGGGCUGCUGCUCUCCGCGGGCGCUCUCUCUCACUCCCUCACCGCCGCCUCCCUGAGCGCCCUGCUCUCCCUCAAACAAGCACUGGGGGCACAGGGGGGCACGAGGGAGGCAGGAGAGGGGGGUGGGGGCAGGCAGUGGGAGGAGGUGCAGGGGCGGAUAGCAGAGGAUGUGGUGGUGCUGCUGAGGCGGCACCGCAAGCAGACCCGGGCAAUCGCUGCCCUGCUUCAGGCCGAGUUCUUCGGGUCACUAUCAGCUGACAGCCCAGCUUCAGACGAGGUCCGUGAAGCCCUGCACUGCACCUGCCCUCUCCAACGCCCACUAACCCUGUUGGCAUCCCUCAUCUUCCCCCAUUCACAUCAUCCUCACACUCUGGGCCAUUGGGCCAUCCCUCUGUGCAUGCCAACCGCCUCCAUCCUGACAUUCUGCAUAGCAUUGCCCUGCCCUCGCAGCCUAUUCCCGCCACCACCCCCCUGGCGGCUCUACCCGGGGCGCUGGUGGAGGGAUAGGAUGAGGAGCUGUGCCGCCCACAGCCCACGGCAUCGGUGCCCAAGAUGCUGGGAGCCGUCGACCUGCUCUGCCACCUCGCCGCCCCCCUCUGCUCCGCUCGCCGCCACGCCCUCUCCACGCUCCUCUGGCUGA